ACACGGCCAGCUGGUGGUGGUAGCUGAAGGAAUCUACUUGGUAUAUCAGACAAGGAAACACACGGGAAGGACAGACAGACAGUCUUGGGGGGAGUUAACGAGAUCAGAAGUGUACUUCGUCUUUAUCAGGGUGACUUUUCUGGAGAUAGCGACUGGAAACUACAAUGAUGGCAGUCCUGGGCAGCGCCGGUCGCUUGAUACACUUUGCCAGGAGCAGUGUCAGUUUGAGCAUGAGGCGACGCUCCACUGCUGCCGCUUUGGCCCAGAACGCCACCCCAGAGACACAGGACAAUAGGAAACCGAAGACAGGCAUCCUGAUGCUGAACAUGGGAGGACCCGAGAAACUGGAAGAUGUGCACGACUUCCUGUUGAGGCUCUUCAUGGAUACUGACCUGAUGAAACUCCCUGUACAGAAUAAGUUGGGUCCAUUCAUUGCUAAGCGUCGCACGCCAAAGAUUCAGGAGCAGUACAGUAAGAUCGGAGGCGGAUCGCCCAUUAAACACUGGACCUCCAUGCAGGGGGAGGGUAUGGUGAAGCUGCUGGAUGAGAUGAGCCCUGAAACAGCUCCUCAUAAAUUCUACAUUGGAUUCCGGUAUGUUAACCCACUGACUGAGGAGGCCAUCGAGGAAAUGGAGAAAGACGGAGUGGACCGAGCUGUGGCCUUCACACAGUACCCCCAGUACAGCUGCUCCACCACAGGCAGCAGUCUAAACGCCAUCUACCGGUACUAUAGAAACAGAGGUGACCGUCCCAAAAUGAGAUGGAGCGUCAUUGACCGUUGGCCCACACACCCUCUGCUGGUGGAGUGUUUUGCGGAACAUGUCAGUAAUGAGCUGCUGAAGUUCCCAGAGGAGAAAAGAGAUGAUGUUGUCAUUCUCUUCUCCGCACAUUCACUUCCUAUGGCUGUUGUAAAUAGAGGUGACCCAUAUCCCCAGGAAGUGGGAGCCACAGUUCAGAGAGUUAUGGAGAGACUAGGACACUGUAACCCUUACAGACUGGUGUGGCAAUCCAGGGUGGGGCCCAUGGCUUGGCUUGGGCCGCAGACGGACGAAGUCAUCAAAGGUCUUUGUGAAAGGGGGAAGAAGAACAUCCUGCUCGUGCCAAUCGCUUUCACAUCCGAUCACAUAGAGACGUUACACGAGCUGGACAUCGAGUAUGGACAGGUGCUCGGAGAAGAGUGUGGUGUGGAGAACCUCAGGAGAGCAGAGUCGUUGAAUGGAAACCCUCUUUUUAUGAAGGCUCUGGCUGAACUGGUCCAAUCUCACCUGAAGUCCAAUGAGCCAUGUUCCCGCCAGCUGACCCUACGCUGCCCGCUGUGCACCAACCCCACCUGUGGAGAGACCAAGGCCUUCUUUGCCAACCAGAAACGAACAUAGUAACACACACACACACACACACACACACAGCGUGAGUGUGUGCUGCCUGUGAAGACACAUGGGGGCUGUGUGGAUGAGAAGACUGUCUCAUGUAAGAACAUCAAAUGAAUGAAGACGGAUCAUUCCUGCAAAUCCACCCUUGACAUCUUAGUUUUUCUUAAAAUAUUUUGACGGAAAAAAAAAAAAAACAUAAAAAGGAAAUAAGUCAAUAAGCUAAGUCAUAAGUUUGCAGUUUGCCUUUUGUUUACACGGACAAUACAAUUGAUUGCCAAUGUUGCUUCUUUCUGGAAUUAGCAGAACACCUUUUGAGCGAUCAAAGUGUUGUGUUGUUGCUAAUCAUCAAUAACGAGUGCGACACACGCCGCUCCGAUAACUCCACAUAAAGCUCAAGACUCAAGGGUAUUGUCAUUUUGGUUGAGUAUGUUUUUCCUGAUACGUCACCUUCAUGUAGCAAACCUUAAACGCAGCAUUUUCUGAUCGCUCCAAACACAUUCUGCAGAUGUGUCUAAAUGUCUGUUUGAUUUCAGCGCCUCAUAUUUGCUACUGGGUUGAAAAACGUUACUUUACAGAAAUGUACCAUGACCCCCCCCCCCAACUCAGUGAAUGAGGACACAGUGGCAAAGCACUUUGAAUACCUUAAAGGUAUAAAAAUACAACACAUGAGAAAACCCAGUUACCCAUUUUUUAACAUAAACGUGAAUAAAUAAGGCCCUGUGCCCUACUCUUAUUGUUUUUUUUUGCCACAACAAUGUGCCUUUUACACUGGUUGCUUUUAUUUAGAUUUUUCAAAUGAGGUAAUAAUGUUUGACUUUACUGACUCCGGUAGCUCGUUGUAACCAACUGUCAUACCCGCAUGACUUUAACAGAUAUUUUUUGUUUGUUUGCUUGUUUCUGCAUCAACCAUCUUCCACUGAAAUACAAAACAAGUUUGAUCAUGUCGGUACACCUCAUGGAUGUUUUUUUUGUUGUUAUCAGUGUAUAGUAUUUUUUUGCGGUGUUUGUGCACAGCAACAUCCGAGAAAAAUGUGCUAAAAGUGAAGUUAUGGCCGGAAAACAUAAUUUUAAACAUUUUGAUUUUAUUUUUGAAACAUAAUUUAACAUAUACCUAAAUUGCUCCAUACAAUAGUGAAACUCAGCAAUUGAAAAUAACUCCUCCCCUGUAGCGCUGCCAAAUAUUGGAUUUUUGCUGUGCACCUGAAAAGUACAUUACGCUACAUUUAUAAUUAAUAUUGUAUUUAUUUGCUUUUGUUUUGUUGUUCUCGACUACCUGUUUUUUUCUAUAUCAUUGAGCCAUGGGGUGUCGGUAUGUCUUCCUGCAUAGUAAAACACAAUAAACAGCUGAAGAUGAAA